AUGAGCAGCACGGACCUGGAGCGCAUGUCGCUCAGCUCGUCGGCCAACUCGGUGGCCUCCAGCGCCCGGACCCUGUCCGCCAACGUGAAGAAGCUGCACAACGCGCUCAACCUUCUGCUGAACGACUUCGAGAGGGAGCAGUUUAUCCACUGCCUCAACGUCUACCACUCCAAACGCAAUGUCUACGACCUGGUGCAGACCCUGAAAGUCAUCCUCAAUGCACCCAGCAAGAGGCAACUUCUGCCCAUGCUGAGGCUGGUCAUCCCUCGCUCGGACCAGCUUCUGUUUGAUCAGUACACCUCGGAGGGCCUCUACCUAAAAUCGGAUUUAGCGGCGAGCAACGGCAGCGCCGAUUCGCCGGGCGACUUGCCCAGUGCCAGUCCGACUCCUCAGACCCAUAUCCCCGCAAAUAACCCCCCGGAGUCGCCGGUGGUGCUGCGAGGCUCCCCUGACAGUUUCAGCACCAGCAGCGAGGGGACAGCUCCCCUCGUACCGCUCCUCGGCAGCAACUUUGUGCACGAACCUCCCGGAGAGGUGAGACAGGUGACCAUGAAACGGCACAAGAGCAACGAGGGUCUGGGGUUCAGUAUCCGAGGGGGGUCUGAGCACGGAGUCGGCAUCUACGUGUCUCUGGUGGAGCCCGGAUCUCUAGCUGAGAAGGAGGGUCUGAGGAUCGGGGACCAGAUCAUGAAAGUAAACGACAAAGUUUUCGACAAAGUGACCCAUGCAGAGGCAGUGAAGGUACUCAAGGGCAGUAAAAAGCUUUCUCUCUCGGUGCGUUCAGUCGGACGUAUCCCGGGGGGCUAUGUCACCAACCAUGUUUACACCUGGGUUGACCCUCAGGGUCGGAGUGUGUCCCCACCACCUGAUCUCCCAGAGCACCGGAGCGCCACCCUGAGGCGAACCGACAGUCAGCGACGCAGCAACAUGCAACUGCUACAGGAGGGUGAUGAAAAGAAGGUCAACCUAGUUUUGGAUGAUGGCCGUUCUCUUGGUCUGAUGAUCCGCGGAGGGGCAGAGUAUGCUCUGGGUAUCUAUAUAACUGGAGUGGACCGGGGAUCGGCUGCAGAAUGUGGAGGACUUAAGGUUGGUGACCAAAUUUUGGAGGUCAAUGGGCGGAGCUUCCUGGGCAUCCCACAUGAUGAGGCCGUAAGGGUCCUGAAAUCCUCACGGCACCUGAUGAUGACAGUGAAGGAUGUGGGACGCCUGCCACAUGCAAGGACGGUGGUGGGCGAGACGAAGUGGAUCGCCAGCUCGCAGAUUACAGAGAGCUCCGCCACCAGCAGCAUGGCUGGCUUCUCCAUGGACCAAGGAGCCUCUGCAGCAGGAAAGCCUGUCUUUUACAAGGGGGUGGCAGGCUCCCAAGUCACCCUGUCCAGCCUGGUGAACCAGUCCAGGGCCAUGCUGGAGGAGCAGGCGCGCCACUUGCUGACGGAGGCUGAGAGGCAGACCAUGGGCUACUAUGUUGAGGAGUACCGCGACGGGCACAUUGGCGUGGAGCAGCUGGUCAUGGCGCUAUUUGAGCUGCUCAACACUCAUGCAAAGUUCUCCCUCCUGUCAGAGGUACGUGGCCUUGUCACCCCGCAGGAUCUGGAGCGCUUUGACGGGCUGGUGCUGCGACGGGAGAUCCAGGCUUUAAAAGCAAGACAGGGAGCUGCGGGAACCACCACGGCCCCGCACCUGGAUUCCCUGUCGAUGGUGUCCUACCCGGACACCCUGACGUCCUCGUCUGCCAGCUACAUGACCAACACCACCCUCAGCUCCGCACGGGAGAGACUGCUGUGGCUGAUAGAUAUGAUGGAGAAUGACAGCGUGGUGGAGAGUAAUGAGGAGGAGGCUCCAGAGACUCUGGACUCGCUGCUGCCUGAUAUCUCUCUGGACGACGUGCACUCGACCGCUGCUGAACCCCCCCCUCCCUUCAAACCUCCACCCCCGCCGGGGGUGCAGAGGCACCCCAGCAGAAGAGACCGGGUCAACAACCGCCCCUCGUCCGAGUCGUCCCACUCAGGCCUGUACUUCACAGCCCCCGCCUCCCAUAACCACCACAAAGACCCCAGAUACACCCCUGCAUCACCCUCCCUGCCACGCAAAAAAGAGCCCCCUAGGGACCCAUCGAAGGAAUACGCGUCCCUUCGGAAGAGAGAGACCUCGAGGCUCUCCAAGAAAGAGCCAGUGGGAGCCAGCCAGUUUGCCGGGGUCACCCGGCAUCCCAUCGGCCCUUUCCCCAGGGCCCAGUCCCCUAGCAGGGGCGCUAAAACCUCUUCCCCCUCCCCUUCACCGCCCCCGCCUCCCCCUCUCCCAGCUCCACCUCCACCGCCUGUCCUACCCCUUAACCCCGGAUGCAGGUCCUCCCCUGUUUCCAAGCAGCACUUUGUCACAGUGGAGGUGCACAGGCCCAACGCGGAGCCUGAUGUUAAUGAGGUGCGACCCCUGCCGCAGGCCCGAGGAGGCACCCUGUCUCAGCUUUCAGACAAUGGCCAAACCCUCAGUGAGGACAGUGGGGUGGACAUUGCUGAGUCAGGACACAUCAACAAGGACACCAACCCCAAAUCUGCACGCACACGCCCUCCACGAGACUCCCAGAGGGGCGGAGGGGACCCCCCAGCCAAACCGCCCGGGCUGUUGGAGCCCACCUCGACGCUAGUGAGGGUGGCGAAGAGUGCCAGCACCCUGGGCAUUGCCAUUGAGGGGGGCGCCAACACUCGCCAGCCCUUGCCACGCAUUGUCACAAUCCAGAGGGGCGGUUCAGCUCACAACUGUGGCCAGCUGAAGGUGGGUCAGGUGAUCCUGGAGGUGAAUGGGGUUUCCCUGAGGGGCCGGGAGCACAGGGAGGCUGCCCGCCUCAUCGCUGAGGCCUUCAAGACCAAAGAGAGGGACUAUGUGGACUUCCUGGUGACAGAGUUCAACGUGGCACUAUAA